AUGGCACAGACACAGGCAGGGACAACAACCCUCGCCCUCGCCAUUCUGGCGGCAGGCUACCUCUGUGCCCUCUGCAUGACGCCUCCCAAUCCCUCUCCGGACCGAAAUGAACGCCAUCAAAAGGAUCGCAUCCGCUUCCUCGCCGGCGCCGGCGCAACCAUCACCCGCCGCAUGAUCGUCACGGCCAUCCUCUACCACGCCGUCCUCACCGCGCUCCCCGUCUACGCCCCCCACCACCUGCACCGACUCUGUCCACGCCCAGAGAACGUCAACCCAGAGCUCUUCCAAUGGAGUGCCCCCGCGAUCGGGGCCAUUGUGCUCAUCUGCCUGGGCGCCCUGAUCCGUCUGGCCGCGUACAAGAGUCUCAGUCGCAAUUUUACCUUCCAUCUCGCGGCGCCGGAUCAAUUGGUCACGACGGGCAUCUAUGGCUGGGUCCAGCAUCCGAGUUAUACAGGCAUGAUGAUGAUUAUCUUUGGUCUGGCCUUGUUGGUGCUGCGCUGGGAUGCGGCGUUGGCGUGUUUUCACUCCGAGGCGUGGCAGGCGCGCCUGUCGGGGUGGGGGUGGAAGGUGGUGGCUGCCGGGGGGUGCACGAAUCUGGCCAUGUGGUUUAUGCGGAUGAAGGAUGAAGAGGAGAUGUUGAGAGGUCAGUUUGGAAAGGAGUGGGAGGUUUGGCAUCGGUCGACGAAGCGGAUUAUUCCGGGGAUAUUCUAA